UACACUCCCCCAGGGAGAGAACCACUCUCGCCUGCUUGGGGACCUCCUUACCUUCAGCAUCAACAUCGUAUCUUUCAGGGGCUUGUCCUGAAACUCUAAAGUUCUUAUCUCAAGCCCAGUCCUGGGACUUUUUGAUGGGAAAUAGCAUCAGGAAUCCACACUUGCCCUGCUCUGGAAAAGUUCUGUUUUGCAAGCCCGGUUGGCUAUGAGAUGAGAGGCAGAAGCAGUACUGCCCAUGUCAUGAGGCCACAAAAAGUGACCACAGCCACCCCUGCUGUCAAAGAAUCAUCAGCUCAGCAUCCACAAGCAGAAUCACAUCUCAUAGCUGCCAGUGACAUCACAGAGAAGCCCUGCCUCAGGUGCUGUCAGCCCCUCUGCAAACAAACUAUGUCCAUGAACUUUUUGGAGUUGGAAAUUCUUUAGGAAAUCGAUGGUUAAUUUUUAUUUUCAGGCUCUCCUCCUACUAUUUCCUGGUCCUGGGGCUAAGAACUGGCUAGGUUUGAUACAAGAUGCCCCACAGCUCCCAUCUUUCUUGGAGAAGCUAGAGAUCUUGUCACCUAAAAAGGAAAAGGUAACUUAGCCUUUCUCGGGUAUUCGUCCGAACGUCCGUUGGCUGUUUUCUUGUAAGAUGACAAAAAAAAGAAGGAACAAUGGUCGUGCCAAAAAGGGCCGCGGCCACGUGCAGCCUAUUCGCUGCACGAACUGUACCCGCUGCGUGCCCAAGGAUAAGGCCAUCAAGAAAUUCAUCAUUCGAAACAUAGUGGAGGCUGCAGCCGUCAGGGACAUUUCCGAAGCAAGCAUCUUCGACGCCUAUGUGCUUCCUAAGCUGUAUGUGAAACUACAUUACUGCGUGAGUUGUGCCAUUCACAGCAAGGUAGUCAGAAACCGAUCUCGUGAGGCCCGGAAGGACAGGAAACCCCCUCCCCGAUUUAGACCUGCAGGUGCUGCCCCACGACCUCCACCAAAACCCGUGUAAGGAGCUGCGUUCAUAAGGCUGAAGAUAAACUAGUCUCUGGAAAAAAAAUAAAAUGGAAAUUCAACUUUAUAGCAUGGUGCUGAGGACAUUGCAAGGAUGAAAACAAAGACUGGUCUCAUGGAAGAGUGUGAGGCAAUGAGAAAGUCCUGCUGUUUAAUAUAGAGUGGCCUGUUCAUACAGUUGAAAAGAUGACAUUUAAUCAGAAGCCUAAAGAAAGUGAUUUGAUAAAUGGGGAAAGAGCUUUCCAGGUAUGUACCUAAAAGAAUUGAAAACGUAUAUCCUCACAUAGCAGCAAUCAUAAUAGCCAAAAGAUGGAAACCACCCAAAUGUCCAUCAACUGAUGAAUGGAUCAACAAUGUAUAUCCAUACAAUGGAAUAUUAUUUGACAAUAAAAGGAACAAGGUACUGAUACAUGCU